AUGAGAUUCCAACUUACAAUAUUGUUCACAAGUGUUAUUUUUGCUGCAACAGCUUACAUCAAUGAUGACAAAAAUUAUUGGGAAACUGAAGACGAACCAGUUGCUUCAACAGGUGCGUCUAGUGAAGAUGAUUUGAAGCCAUGUAAAAUGAGUGAAAAUGAAGUUUAUUAUAACGUUUUCCCGAACAUAUAUGUUCGUGUAACAUGCGAAAAGAUUUCAAAAUUUUCAAUCAUUUCUAUAACUUUUGGAACUUUGGUAUUGCUAUUGUCUUUAAAAGUUACAUAUGAUAUUAACGUAAGACCAAACCAAUUUUAA